GUCACACAUUUUUAGUAACACAAGUUCUCCCAUGUAACAUAAAUGAUAAAUGUAUGUAGUACUAUCGCACGCGUUUGACCAGUUUCUUCAAAACUAGAAAACAACCAAAAAGACUCUAUCAGAACAAUCUACCUACUACUACUACUACUUCUUCUUCUUCACUUUGUUUUCACUUUUGAGAAAAUCAUUUCACAUGUUAAUCUUUGAAACUAGUAAAUGUAACAGUUUUUUUCUUCAAACCUAACAUUCCUUAUUUUCUCCUUGGUUCGCAUUUUGCUUGAUUGAUGGCAGCUGGUAGUAGCAAAGAUGAAAGGAAAACUAAGAAAAGAAAGAGAACAACAUAUAGAGUUGUUGCUCAACCUGAAACUGCCAACAUUGUGGAUAGUCAGCCUGACAAAGAUUCUUCUUCACCAUUUCGAUUCACAUGGAGAAUUGACGGAUUUUCUUGGAUAAAUACAAUAAAGCUUUAUUCAGAUGUAUUUGAAGUUGGGGGUUACAAAUGGCGCGUGCUUAUUUUCCCAAAAGGGAACAAUGUGAUGGACCAUUUGUCCAUGUAUUUGGAAGUUGCAAAUUCAGUUAAGUUGCCGAGCGGUUGGAGUAGUUAUGCAGAGUUUAGCUUGACAGUAGUUAAUCAAAUCAAUAAUGAGUACUCUGUGAGAAAAGACACGCAACACCAAUUCAAUGAACAAGAAAGUGAUUGGGGUUUCAUGUCCUUCAUACCUCUCGAUACAUUGAAUGAUCCUCGUAGAGGAUAUCUUGUGAAUGAUACACUUGUAGUUGAAGUAACAUGCGAGGUGGAUGAGAAAGACACUGCUGAGCAUUUAAGGAAGAGGUUAAAGAAAAAACAUGGUGGAAAAAAGCACAAAAAUAAAGAAGAGGCGGAGACUCACCUCUGCACUAUUAUAAAGGUGGCACGAGAUGAAGACCUUGCAGAACAAAUUGGAAAGGAUAUAUGUUUCGAUCUCGUAGACUAUGACAAAGUGAAGAGUUUCCGCAUUCAAAAGCAGACAUCAUUUAAUGUUUUCAAGGAAGAGGUUGCUAAAGAGUUUGGCAUACCAACUCAAUUCCAGCGCUUCUGGAUGGUGGCAAAGCGUCAUAACGAUACGCGUCGUCCAUUUCGGCCAUUGACACAAAUCGAGGAAGCAGGACCUGUUGGACAAUUGAAAGUGGUAAACAAGGUUCACAAAUCAGAAUUAAAAUUGUUUUUGGAAGUGGAACGUGGACCGGAUUUAUGUCCCAUUGCACCUCUCAACAAAGGAAAGGAUGAUAUAUUGCUUUUUUUCAAGUUAUAUGAUCCUGAAAAAGAGGAGCUAUGUUAUGUUGGAAGGCUCUUUGUGAGUUGUACUGAUAAGCCAUUGGAAAUCUUAACAAGGUUAAACAAAUGGGCUGGUUACGAUCCUGAUGAAGAGAUUGAACUUUACGAGGAGAUUAUGUUUGAACCAAAUGUCAUGUGUGAGGCUAUUGACAAGAAAUUAACAUUUCAAGAAAGUGAGUUAGAAAAUGGUGAUAUUAUAUGCUUUCAGAAUGCUUCUGAAAUGGAUAACAAGAAACAUUUUCGCUAUCCAGAUGUGCCUUCCUACUUGGAAUAUAUGCGCGAUCGUCAGAUUCCUUUUUGUCCCUCGGCUCGAGAAACCAAAGAUGAAGAAUCGUUGGAGGAGCAAAACAUAAACAUUAUAGCGGAAGAAAUGAAUGUUGACAAAAACAUUGAAGCUCACCCGUCUAAAGUGAACAUAGAGACCGGUCAUGAUAAAAGUUUCACCAAAGCCAACCCGUCAAAAUUGGUUUGCAUAGACUUGGAAGAAGUUGAUGUUACGAUAACUGAGGAUGAAGAAUCAUCGGAGGAGAAAAACAUAAACAUUAUAACGGAAGAAAUGAAUGUUGACCAACACACUGAAGCUCAACAGUCAAAAGUGAACAUAGAGACCACUCAUGAUGAAAGUUCUACCAAAGCCGACACUUCAAAAUUGGUAAGCAUAGGCUUGGAAGAAGCUGAUGUUAUGAUAAAUGAGGAUGUCAUUGCUGCCAUCGACAGGGUUUUAUCUGAAGGGAUUACCAUUUCAUUAAAAUCUCAACAUUGUUUCCAGGGGCAAAAAGUCUCGAAACGGGAUCCCGAUCUCCCUAAGCAACUUCUUCAAGAAUUGAAAGACAUUGCCUUUAAAGAAGACUUGAUUGAAAAAAUUAAAGAAGGUUUUACUCCAAACAUUAGCUUUGUCAAAGAAAGGAUUGACGCUAAUGCUGAAAUGUUCUCAUCUUGGCAAUUAGAACAAGUUGGUGUUGUCGUUAACCUUCUCAACGACAUUGUGAGGAUGUAUGGCAAACAUGAGAAUUUAACAAAAGAGCUAGACUCGGUUAAGAAGAGCAAUGACAAAGAUAAGGAAGCAUUGAAGGAGGCUAGACAAAAAAUACUGAACUCGAAGACUUCCUUUUCAAAGCAACAAACACAGCUUGACUCUCUUGAUGCUCAAAUUGCUGAUCUUAAAUUCAAACUCGAAAAACUACAAGGUGAGAGAGCAAAAAUGGCUGAGAUUCAAGAUCAAGAGAAGGAUAAUAUCACAUUUUUCAAAAAAGAAGUUAAAUCAAUUUUCCAUCGUCUCGCAAAUGAUCAAACCAAGUUGAAAAGUAUUGAGCAUACAAUCACAGAGUCCCUAACUACAUUGAAAAGUCAGGAGAAGUUCUACACAAGCUUGAGGGAAGUCCCUCCAUUUUGAUUUAUGUCUUUUGGCCACAUACAACUUACUUCUACACCACUUGAUCCUAUUAGCAUUCCAUGAUUUUUAGCACUUUAUUUCGAUUUGAUACAAAACUGAGACUGUCUCAUUUUGAUAACCAUGUUAUGAAUUCUAUUUAAUAUAACACUCAUUUUGAUAACUAUGUUAUGAACUAUUUAGAGUCAAUGUUGGUAAUGUGAUGUAUGAAUGAAUCAAAUUAAGGAUAGUUAGUGAAGUUGAUCAAUGUUUA